UAAAUAGUUUGGUAAUCGGGGAGAAAGCGGUCAGUCCGUUGAUAGCCGCUAAAGGCGUGAAAGUUUUCAACGGUCGAGUGCAGUAUGGUUCAGUGGUUCGAACCAGUGCUAUUGCUGGCAGCUCUGCUGGUGACCGCUGAAAGUGCAUCUCGGAAAAACAGAUACGAAGUCAGUGUCAGACAUGGACCAUUCGAAAUCCAUCAGAGGCACGUGAACACAAAGCCUUUCAAGGAGCCUAGUCGAGACAAACCAGAAACCGUUGGGCAGAAUAAUCCACAUAUCGGAUAUCGGAAGGAAGUGUCGCUUUCUGAAGAAAUUUAUGAACCACGUAAAAAGGGAAGAAAACGUGGCGAAAGAUGGGAUUCGCGGGGGAUGAAAGUCGAGAUGAAAAUCGAAAAUCAACGUCACAGGUUCAAUGGUGAUCGGGGAAUGAUAAGAACAAAGAAUGUCGGAUCGUGGAGUUAUACAACUACUCAUAUGCCAACUGCAGAAACCAAUACGACUAAAAAUCCAGUUCUUGUACAAACGUUCCCAACAUUUGGGCAGAAGAAAAAAGGAAGUUUAAAAAAACCAACUUCCACUCAAAAAAUACCGAAAGAAGAGACAUGGACAACAUCAAGUACUCCAACGUAUCAAAACUUUGUGACCACUCAACAUUCUAACGAUCCCAAUGUCAAGCAACAGGGGUUUGAUGCUGAUAAAAGCCCAUCUAAACCAAUAACUUUCUAUAAUACACAAAAUGAAAAUUAUGGAAAUAUCAGAACUCAGGCAGUUAGCCAACUCAAUGAAGACAAUAAUUUUCAACGAACGACAUUGAUCCCUGAACAAGAUACGUAUCUAACCAUUUUAAACUCGGUGAACCCAAGUGAACUUUUCCGGAAUCCAGAGUUAAGAGUCCCUUUCAGUAGUGACCACAUCGGUUCAAUUGCUUUCGAUCCAUCUCCAAAACAGCAAACAACCACUUCGACCACAACCACAACGACCACUACUGUACCGACCACCACUGUGCCGACCACUACCACAACGACUACCACUACAACUUUACCGCCGCCUCCACCACCACCACCGCCGCCUCCGCCAUUGCCUGUCACGACAGUACCCAACUUCCGGCAAGCCAUCAAACUUCCAGAUGAUGACGACAAGAAUUCCAUUUAUUUGUUGGUCAAAUACGAGAAAACAAGGAACGAUGGACAGGCGAAGGCAACGGUUAUUGAAAUUUUGGGAGGUAAUAUGCAAAUAUUGCAAAGUGCCGGAAACAAUCGACUGAAUAAUGAAUUCGAUCUCUACCCUAACAUGGAAGAGACAGUUCGGGAAAGUUUGAAGAACGUCAAGCUGAAUAGCGUGGAAGUCACGACCGCUGGCUACGCAGUUAGAGAAAAUUCGGAAGGAGAAGAACGAAACCAGAUUCCGACUCCUCUACCAUUGGUGGGAUCACCCAUUCGUAAUGGCUUCAACAAUCAAGGCAACCAAAACAAACAAUCAUCAGGAUUCCCCAUCCAACAGGACUUGCUUGCCCAAAAAUAUCUUCAACAACAACGAAAUAAUGUUGUAAAACAAAAUGUGCAGUCCGCUACGAAUGUACCCACUCCACCAACUAAUCUAAACUUCCAUAAAAUUUCUCAAGAUUAUAACCCUAUUCCCAUGAGCCCACAAGCCUUCCAUUCUAGUUUCAUUUUCCCCACAACACCCUGGGGGCUGCCUAUGCCCCAGAUCCAACAACCACAACCGCAGCAUUUGGGAUUCGUUCACAACGCCUUCCGAAUUCAACAUUUGACGGGACCGCAACAGUUCAAUCCGAUACAAAAUAAUAACCCACAAUCAAAUCAAAUUAAACUGGAAGACCAAGGUGACCCACGUAUUCAGCUCGAGCGAAUCUCAAAAACUCCUGUUAAUGAACCCAAGGGAAAUGCUCUACAGCAGGAAUCUGGUUCAGCUGAAGAAAACGGCAAACCUGGACUGCGGGAUAGCUAUGGGCAGUACGUCAGUGAAAACUAUCAAGACUACGAUGAAGCGAAGGGAACCAGGCGCCCUGAUGCGCAAAAUGCUGCCCAGUUUAACCCUUCGACCGAGUCUCUCAAAGAGACGACCGAUCCACUGGAACUGACACGAGUGUUGGUUAAUAAAAAUGGUGGCCUCACUGUAGCGCAGUACAAUAGCUUGUUCAAAGAUUUUCUGGAGAAGGAGCUAACAGAAAGUGACUUGGACAGCUAUGAAAAUGUAUUUGAUACUGCUGACGGUUUCGGAAGAAGUUCCCAAGGUGGACGAACAAUCACGGCUAUGACCGAGAGUGAGGAAUUUGAAGAGCAACAGCAGCAACAGUUGGAACAGCAGCAGCAACAGUUUGAGCAGCAACAGCUAGAACGGCAACAGUUGGAACAGCAAAAGGAGCAACGGCAAGGACAUCAACAGCAACAAUUGCAACAACAACAACAACAGCUAAAACAACAACAGUUGUUGGAACAACAGUUGUUGGAACAACAGCAACAACAGCAGCUGUUGGAAAAACAGCAACAACAGUUUGAACAGCAACAGCUACAGCGGCAACAGUUGGAAAAACAGCAACAACAACAGUUAUUAGAACAGCAGCAAAAACAGUUCGAGCAGCAACAGCUGGAAAAACAGCAACAGCAACAGUUGUUGGAACAGCAGCAAAAACAGUUGGAGCAGCAACAGUUACAUCGGCAACAGUUGGAAAAACAGCAGCAAGAGCAGUUGUUGGAACAGCAGCAAAAACAGUUUGAGCAGCAACAGCUACAACGACAACAGUUAGAACAGCAACAGCAACAACAGCAAGAGCUGCAACAGCAACAAUUGCAACGACAACAGUUGUUACAGCAACAACUGCAACAACAACAGCAACUACAACAAGAUGACUCUUCGGAAACUUUUGGAUCUGCAGAAGGAGAUGAUCUUAUCCGAGUGCAAAUCAAUAAAUCAGGGGCCCGACAUGAACCCAUUGUGAAAAUUGGUUACGGCAGCUCCAAGUCACAUCAAGGUGUGUACAAAUCGCCGAAAUUCUUCGAGAAACUUAAGGAAAGCAGUCUUGAAGAGGAGCAAACAGAGCAAUGGGAUGGUCUGGAACCGACUCAGAGUCCGGCGUCCGGCGAAUACGAAGUUUUUCCCGUGUUUGGAUAUCCGGCUUCGACGGAACAGCAGCAGGGUAACAUUGUUUACAACCAAAAACUAGAAGAAUCGCAUAACCAGCCAGAGCAGCAGGAGAAUAGCGUAAGUGACGAACCUACCAACAGUGGCCAUCAAGGAGGACUAAGUUAUAUUAAGUUCGAAAAAUUUAACUAACAUAGACUGAAAGCUAACCAAAAGCAAACAUAUUGUUGAACUAGUGCUAGUUGCAGUUGUUAUUUGUCAAUAAAUUGAAACGAAAACUCACCAAACUCGAA